AUAUUUUGUUUUGGUGUCAAACUGCCACGCAGCUGGCGCACCGUACGCUACGUGGGGCUCUGUGAAUCGCGGCUGUGCGGUUUCCGGCGACGUGGGGAAAGGCCUGGCCUGCGCUAUUAGCGUAGCCCCGCCAAGUCCGGCAUGAGUCAGGCGGAAGCGGGACUUACGUCCUUUUCGUAGCCCCGGAACACGGGGGAUAUUGGGGUUGAGCUUUGUGGGUCAGACGCUGUUUCCCGAUUGUGGUCUGGGAGCCCAGGCUGAGCAGCUGCUGCUCCCCCAGUGGGAUCGGGGCAGGGGAGUGACCAUGAGUGAAGCUUCCUGUGCCAGCCAAGAGUCGAGAACAUCCAUCUGCGAGGAAAGAGCCGGGGGGAAUUGUGAUGUGACGUGACUGUCCUGUUCUGACACGUCCCCUUCAUGCCCUGACAGGCUGCAGUGUCACGUCCCAUCCUCCCAGGGAAGAGAGAUGGCUGCCGUGGGGCCAGCUCAGAUAGGGAUUAUCGGGCAGUUGCUGGUGGGCUCCUGUUGGCAGCAGAAAGGCUGUAAAGCCAUAGGAGGGGCCGGUGACUUUCGAGGAGGUGGCUGUGUAUUUCACCAGGGAAGAGUGGGCUCUGCUGGACCCUGCUCAGAGAGCCCUUUACAGACAUGUCAUGCAGGAGAACUACAAGAACGUGACCUCGCUGGGGUUCCCAGUUUCCAAACCUGAUGUCCUCUCCCAGCUGGAACGAGGGGAAGAGCCGUGGGCCCCAGAUCUCCAGGGCUCAGAGGAAAGAGAGAUCCUGAGAGGCAGCUGCAUGGCAGGUGAGGGGAUGGUGAGAGAGACUGUGGAGCAGACGCCUCAGCAGGAAGAGGAGCAAGUGGAAGCACGUGGGGCGUUGUUGCAAAGAUGCAAAGGGAGUGUGUCCAUGAGUUGUGAGCAGGGAAAAGGCUCUCAGGGGCAGCACAGGCCAGAGAAGUGUCAGGGAAACCAGCCAGCGCAGAAAGUUGGAAUAUUUGUUAAUUAUCGGGAAACUCACAAAGGCCUCAAGGAAGCCACGACCCAGCAGAGAAUCCUGACGGGAGAGAGAAAUAACACGAACUUUGAGUGUGGGAAAAAGUUCAGGAGGCACUUACACCAUUAGAAAAU